ACAACAACAACAACAACAUCAGAAGCAAUAGCAGCAGAAGCAAAUGCAGCAGCUACAAACGAGAAACGAUAACUUUGACGCAAGCCACACAAAGUAAUAUCGAUAAAUGCAAUUAAACUCAUUCACAAAUUGGAGCAGCAGCAAAUGCAACAUACGCAACAAACACUACGACAGGUGUUGGGCUGCCAGUAUUUUUUUAAAAUUCGCUUUGCUGUGAUUCAGCGCACGAGAGAGGCGUUCGGCAUGACGGAAACUGUUUAGGCAUUCAAUGCGGCGAUCAGCAACCAAGUCCAUGUCCAAAUCCAAGAACUGAGAACCUUUGCAACUAGCCGCAAAUAAAUCGAUCGAACGAAUUGCGUCCGAGCGGCGUGACAAGCACCCCUCCCAUCUCCCGCCUCCACCCUUCGACCCCAACCCACCGAGUGUAAGGCCACAAAAAAACAAGGCACAGAAAUGGACGCAUGCAUCGGCCUGGAUUGCAUAGUCGAGAAUCGUGACUAUAUUGCCAAGUGGGGCUCUGCCCUAGACACGCAGAAUGUGACGGUGAAGAAGCAGGUCUUCGAGCUGCUCGCAGCGCUCUGCGCCCACAACUCCGACGGCUAUGUCCGUGCCAUCGAAACUCUCGAGUUUUACAAGAAUCUCAAAAAUGAACGGUAUCGCUUCAAAAUUGUCAUCAAUGAGUUGGAACAGUCCUGCGCCCUGAUAACGCCACCAUUGGACUAUCAAAAAGCAUUGCUGAUUUUCAUUAACUGCGUCAUCUUAAAAGAACCCAAUCUGCAGGAACGCAUUCGCAUACGCAACGAGUUUAUAGGCCUCAAAAUAUUGCCGCUGCUGAGUAAUCUAAGAAAGGUCGCACAGAGUGUGGGCGAUAUCAUCGAACAAUUGAACGUAUUCGUGCAGCAUCAGGAUGCCGACGAGGCCCAGAGCCUACAGGCGCCCGAUGGCAUCAAUCUCAACUCGCAUCUUGAUGUCUUCUAUGCGAUACUGCGACAGGUGGCCGACAAGCCACAGGAGGGGCCCUUCCUCAGCAUAUUGCAACAUCUGCUGCGCAUCGAUUCGAAGGAUCCGUUAAGCGAUGUCAUCUGGGACACCGCCGAGCGGCUGGUGCAUCGCGCAUCGUUGCUCGAAGCUCCCGAGGGUGCAGAGCGUCUGCUGCGCCAUCAGACCUCUCAGAAGUUCACCUGCGCCAACUGUCGAGCCGGCGAUGCCAGCAGUCCCACAAGGAAGCCCUCACAGCCGCAUGCGCUGGCGGCGAAGCCACCGCCACCGCCACCGCCAGCCGCACCACCUGCACCACCAGCACCGCCGCCGCCACCCGUAUCGUUUACAGUUAAUGGCGCCGCGUUACCGCCACCACCACCGCCGCCGCCGGUGGGGAAUGGAAAUGCCCUACCCCCGCCUCCGCCACCACCCUCGGCGAUGCGUUCAGUGACGCCACUGCCAGAGUCGGUGACGACUGUGCUGCUGCCACAGCAGAAUACGCCAAUGCCGACGACCAAGAUGAAGUCAGUCAACUGGGGCACAAUAUCCGACAACAAGGUGGUGGGCAAAGAUAACCUAUGGAACCAGGUGGCCAACAACCAUCGCGACGAAGAAAAAUGGUUCGAUUUCAGCAAGAUGGAGGAACUCUUCCGCCAGCAGCCAACCAGCAGCGAGGGAUCACCCAAGCCAACUACAAAGAUCGGCAGGGAUACGUUGGAUCGGAAGGUCAAGAAGGAGAACACAGAGAUCACGCUGCUCGAUGGCAAGCGAAGCCUGAAUGUUAACAUCUUUUUGAAGCAGUUCCGCAACAGCAACGAGGGCAUCAUUCAACUGAUCCGGCAAGGUGCACACAAGGAGAUUCGCGCCGAGCGGCUACUCGGAUUGCUCAAUAUUUUGCCCGAAUCAAAUGAGUUAAACAUGCUGAAGAGCUUCAAUGGGGAUCGGACGCGUUUGGGCAGUGCGGAGCAGUUUCUGCUCCAAUUGCUCGAGGUGCCCAACUACAAACUGCGCAUUGAGAGCAUGCUCCUCAAAGAGGAAUUUCCCACAAAUAUGGCCUACCUGGAACCCUGCAUCAAUGCAAUACUCUAUGCCGGCGACAACCUGAUUAGCAACACGGACUUGCAUGAGGUCCUCUACAUGAUCGUCUAUGCCGGCAAUUUCCUCAACUCCGGUGGCUAUGCGAAAAAAGCGGCUGGCGUCACGCUCGCCUCGCUGCACAAGCUCACGGAAAUCAGGGCCAACAAGCCAGGCAUGAAUCUCAUACACUUUGUUGCCAUCCAGGCGGAGUGCAGGGAUCCCAAACUGUUACAGUUCCCAGCACAGCUGACUAUGCUUGAAAAUGCCAGCAAAAUCAACUCGGAGCAAAUAAAUAGCGAGAUUGGCACCCUGGCAACUCGCAUCAGGGGGAUCACAUUACAAAUUGAGAAGCCCGCCACGGAUGUGGAUAUAAAGCAGCAGAUGUCGGAGUUUCUGCUGGCCGCCGCUUCGGAUGUGGCUGUGCUGCAGUCGGGCAUGAAACAGGUGGAUUCGCUGCGACUGAAGUUGGCCGAGUUCUUUUGCGAGGAUGCAGCGAUCUUCAAGCUGGAGGAGUGCUUCAAGGUCUUUCACAUUUUCUGUGACAAUUUCAAGCAGGCAAUCAAGGAGAACGAAUACCGUGUGCAACAGGAGAAAAAGGCCGAGAAGCGAAACAAGGAGCAAUUGGCCAGGAAAUCAAAGCAAAUGGGCCAAGCAGGCACGCCCGUCUCCGAUUCGGAUUCAUUUCUGGGCGAUUCGCUGUUCGAUCCGCGGGCUAGUCCUGCUUUGAGUCGACGCCACCUGGGCUCUGGCGAGAUCAGCAAUGGCUUCAUACGCAACGAGCAGGAGUACAGCGGCUCGCCAGACAUCACGCCAAAUGGUAGUGUGCGUCAGCAGUCCAAACCCUUCCUGGCUGGCAAGGAUGAACUGAUGGUGCUUCUACUCAGCCCUGGCGGCCCCUACGAGAAACAGGUCAAAGGCCCCUACGGCAGCCUCGAUCGGUCUUGGGCGCCUCGUCGCAGACGUCCGGGCCUGUCUAGCAUUGACUUUGGCGUCGAUCGUGAACGGACCACCUCGCCAGCUCCGAUGCUGCAUCUGCAAAAGGGACCGGAUCGCCUACAAUCGCCACUAGCCAGCAGUGGCGCAACCACACCCACAUCUCAGGCCAGUACGCCCAUCAGCAAUGGGCCAACGAAUCUCCAGCAGCAGCAGCAACAGCAAAUGUCCGCAGCGCCCAAGGAUGGGAAUCCGAGCUUAUCGCCUGAACGGCGCAGGAACAUCGAAACUUGGCUGCAGUUCAACGGCAAGGAGGAGAAACCGAACGAAGAAUCCAAGCGGAAACGUCGCCUGGCAAAUGAGAAUCGGCGAUCGCUCGAAAACGAAACUGAAAACGAACGAAAACUGGAUCCAUUGCCAGAGGAAAAGAUAAUGACAACAACAACAACAACGACGGCAACAACGCCAACGACGAUUACUAAUCCGACAACUAACAACCAAAGGAACGUGGAGCAGUCCAGCAAAUAUCAGCGAGUCUAUGCCGACUGGAAGCCGUCCAAGACACUGGAGAACACAGAUGUCGUGGGCAACAUCCAGGCCAUACAAGAUGCCACAUCAACAGCAGCAGCAGCCGCAGCCGCACAGCCUGCUCAACCACAUCUGACCACCGCGGAGGAGCUGCGUCAGUAUCGGCGUCAGCGAUCGCAGGAGCCGACCCAAAGUGUUAGUCCAUUGCAAUCGAUUGCCGAGGAGGAUCGUCGCAAGGUCAUCAUACAAAAGCUGGGCGAGGGCGAUGGCAGCACCGAUCGACUGAAGAUCUAUGUCCGACGGCCCUCCAACAUGGACUUGCAGCCUGGCGCAGAGCUCAGGCGAAGCGUGGAGAAGGACACCUUUGCCAGUCUGCUGGAUCAUCACAAGAGUCACAACGAGGCAACGCCAAAUGCGCCAUCCGCUUCCUCCAAGGAAAUCGAUGCGGACAAUAUUGAGACACCGCCGGUGACACGACGCAUCAUCGCAACGCCAAAUACGACAGUGGUAACUGUUAGCCUGACAGACAAGCCAAAGCGAACGCCGGAGGAGAAGAGCAACGUGGUCAGCACUACUGCAGUUGGAGUAGGAGGAACAGCAGAUGCCAAGGAGCAUGAUGCACCCGGUCACUUUAUUCGCAAUACGAUGGCUCGACGGACGCUGCGACACAAGCCACGGGCACCCACAGACUACAGCAGCGGCAACGAGGAGCUCAUCACUCCUACUCAGGAAAUCAAGCAGUCAGCUAGCGCCAGUGAAAUACUACGCCAGCCCAAGGAUGAGCCGCAACAGCCGGCAGAGAAGACGCGCACCAUAACCAAACUGGAGAAAGUGGGUCGGCACAUUAGCUCAAUCAACCAGGAGGAUGUGCGUGAGGCCAUACGGAAUCUGAAGUCCCCGACAGACACACCAGACCGUCCUUGGAGUCCGCCUCGCGAUCUGACGCCCAACAAACUGAAGCUUAGCGCAAGCGGCCAUCACGAGCUCAACGACGAGGGCUUCGAGGAGACGCAGAGUCUCGUCUCGGACACACCGUCGCAUGGCAAGGGCGAGAGCACUAAUUCCUCUUGCAACGAGGCUAAUGAGGCGCCGACGCUCCAACGCUCCCGCCCGCUGGCCAAGCAGAGGACCAGCACCACCAGCAUCAGUGCGAUGGGCAGCCGUCUUUCGGAUCGACUGCAGCAGGCGCGAUUACGUGGCAGCUCAAGCAACCGGUCACAAAACCAAAACCAAAUCAACACAGUAACACAACCAACAAAUCCCAGUGCAGCGCAGCCCAAGCGCAGUCUCUCCGCAAGCCGGCCGUUGCGCAUGCCCAAUGGCAAUCCAAUGCAGAGUGCCACGUCCACGAUAACACGCUCCUCAUCUACAUCAGCAGCAGCGGGUGUGCGACGUUCGCCCUAUGAGCCGCCCCAUUUUGCGCCCAAGCAGCGCGACGUGGAGCGCAGCAGUUCGCGGAAUAGUUUACGUUCCUCCUCCUCCAUAAAUAGUGGCGCCUCCACACAGACAGUGGUGCGUCGGCUGCCCUCCGUGCAGCGUACAGCCACCGUCUCUGUCGAUUCAUCGCCCAGCAAGAGGCCGUUGGCAGCUCAGAAUACAUCACGCACAGCAGCCAACAACGGACGUGGUGUGCCCGCCAGUCGCAGUAGUAGCAGCGGCUCCAGCGUCGGACCCAGUGUUAUACUUGUGCGCAGCAAGCUAGCAGGAGGCGCGCAGCGCAAUGGUCAAUCUCAGCCGUUGGGCAACAGCACCAGUUUCAAGGAGAAUCAGACAGCACAAGCUGGUUCAGCAGGUGCCUCCAGACUGACAGCGGCGCGUAGUGUGAUGCUGGUGAAGAAUGCGAUUAAUCAGCAGGCCAACAAGAGCAGCAAUCACAAUAACAACAACAGCAGCAGCAACAACAACAGUAAUCAGCAGCAGCGCCAACGUUCAGUUAGCAGCUUUAUGCGUCCAACGGCCAGCAGUGCCACCAAGCGGCAGAAAUAGGCGAAGUGGUAGAGGAAGAGAAACAGGCAACGUCCAAGUUAACGUCCCAAGUUUACAAACUCACACACACACACACACAUAU